CGACUAUCCCUUUAAACGAACCUGUUCUAUUUCAUCAAAUAUUACGAUACCAUAUGUUUUACAUACAUUACAGAGCAGAACGUUGGAGAUUCUAUUAUUUGUAAAAUGUUUAUUUUGUUUUUGAAACCGAUUUGCAUUGUGAUAUUAUUUCUCCAAGCAGGAACCACCCAUGGUUUUAAUUGUACCGGUCAAAGCGAUGGUUUGUACGAGGCCAGCUGCCAGACCGCCAUCAAAUGCGAGCACGAGACGGAGAUCCACAUUUCGUGUACGAUUCCGAAAGUAGUCAACGAAUUGACCGGAAAUUGUGACAAUCCUUUCAACGUGAAUUCGCCUUGCGGGACGUUCCGGGACUGCUCCAUCCUGGACGAUGGCGGUUAUCCGGAUCUGGAGGCUCAAUGUCACUGGUACUAUCAGUGUUCCUAUGGGAUCUUCUAUGGACACCAUAAAUGUGCCGGAGGUCUUGUUUGGAAUACAAAAUUACAGACAUGUGACUUUGAGCGCAACGUGGAACCCCCUUGCGGCACUCGACACUAACAAUUGUUGUAUGAAGACACAAGGUGCCGAGAAAAAAUGCCGUGUUUUAUGAUAAUGGUUUCAUGUUAUAAAGUGCAUGUCAUUCCAUUUUAUGGUUACGCUUUAAAGAACGAUGAAUAAAUAUGAAUGUUUACCUUUAA